AGCCCGCCCCAAAAACUAGCGCGGGCUCCCAGCUUCAUUUUUCACCUCUCUCUAAAGCAUCAAAGGAUGACGUCAUCACCACCUCCCACAGGCGGAGACCUCGGUCCUCCGUCCUCCAUAGAGUCUCAGCUUUCUUCUCUGGUUUACGAUCUCUCUCAGAAUGUGCAAGUCGCAAUGGAUAACAUGCUUAAGAUGAUAAGUGAAAUUGACCAGAACUCUGCUGGCAUAAUGGAAGAGAUAGAGAAGUCUAAAGACUCUGUGCUUAAGAGGAAGAUUAACUUAGAAGAAGAGAAAGAUCAUUUUCAGAAAGCUGCUUUUGCUGUUCUUGACAUGCUUGAUGGUCGUGAUAUCAGCUGAAUCUCUGUGGAAUAGUAUACAGCACUCUGCAAUACUGUUUCUGGAUUUCUGUGUGUUUUGACAUUUUGAAGAAAGCCUAAUGGAAAGGCUUCUCUAUGGUUUGCUUUAUAUACCGUCUGAAGGAUGGCACUGAAGGAUGCAGUUUAACAGAUAUGUUCUGUUUCUAUUACUAAUUCACAAAAUGUGAAGGUCGCUAGCUGAUUCUGUAAAUCUCUUUGGACUUUAUGACUUCUGAUUUCCAUUUAGAUGUUCAGUGAAUCUGAUACUACAUAACUUUCAUGGAUAAAAUAAAUAGUCAAUUCACGGGCCUCAUUUUUUCCCUGCU